ACUGGACAGAGUGAGAAGCAGGAGUGACAGUGGAGGCUGAGUGCUGUGUGAGUGAGAAGUUAAUCAGUGUUGGUUAUGUUUAGUUUAAUGCGCUUAUUUCUCCAGUGUUUUGACACCGGAGAGUUGUUUAGUGACCAACUAGCUGAGUCACUAGCCAGCCGAGUGUGUGAGGAAAACAGCUCAACGCUUUAGCUAACGACGCUGGAAAAGCGAACUGUUGCACAGAGGAAGCAUGACGCAAAGAGGCGGCCUGUGCUCCAUCACCCUGUGUGUGGAGGGCAUGACAUGUGGCUCAUGUGUCAACUCCAUAGAGCAGCAGAUUGGUGGACUUCCAGGGGUCAUCCACAUAAAGGUGUCCUUGGAGCAUAAAAAUGCCACCGUGAUCUUUGACCCAAUUCGCCAAAGUCCACAAUCUUUAGCAGAAGCCAUUGAGGACAUGGGCUUUGAGUCGAGCGCGGAAAACGCCCCCCCGACCAAGCCUGUUUCAACAGAAACACAGUUCUUCCCAGUGGACGGCGGUAACACUAACUCUCUUGCCCAGAUCUGCCAGCUAAAGGGCGUGCUGGAGGCCAAAGAGGACAGUAAGGGCAAGGGACUGGCCGUCACGUUCAUUCCGAGCCUGGCGAGUACUGACCGGAUCCGAGAGAUGCUGGACACACUGGAGCCACAGCUAAACUCGGUUCCCUCUGCUACAAAGAGGAUCUGUGAUUCCAGCAAUGUGGAGAUGCUGAAGCUGCGCAUUGAUGGCAUGACGUGUCUUUCCUGCACCACCACCAUUGAGGGCAGGAUUGGGAAAUUAAAAGGGGUAGAAAAGAUUAAAGUAAAUUUGGAAUCCCAGGAUGCCACAGUGCUGUUCUUACCGUACCUCAUCUCUGCGGAUGACAUAGUGAAGCAGAUCGGUGUGGCCGGCUUCAAAGCCAGCGUGAAAUCCAAGCCCCGUCAGUUACAGCUCUCUGCCGUGGAGCACCUCCUGAACGCCUCCGAGGGGGAGACCAAUGAGAAGCCUGGAGACGCUAGCACUUUAACCACCACAGUACUGGACGUUUCGGGAAUGCACUGCAACUCCUGCGUGGUCAACAUCCAGGACAAUAUAUCCAAGCUAACGGGGGUCAGCUUAGUGCAGGUGUGUUUGGAAAAAGGACAGGCUGUAAUCCAGCACAACUUAGACCUGGUUACAGCAGCGGAGCUACAAAAGGCUAUUGAGGCUCUGCCACCAGGGAAAUUUAAGACGCAGUUAGCUGGGCGGGAAGUUCCGUUGUCUUCUUGUCCCCCAGAACAGACUGCGUCCUCCAGCUUUUUACAGCCCCUGGACUCUGUAGUGCACAUCACUAUAGAGGGGAUGACCUGUAACUCGUGUGUGCAGACCAUUGAGGGUGCUAUCUCACAGAGGAACGGCGUGAGAUCAGCACAGGUAUCCCUGGCCAACCAUCAGGGCACAUUUAAAUAUGACCCACUGGUCACCAGUCCGGAAGAACUGAAGGCAGCCAUUGAGGACAUGGGUUUUGAUGCUUUUCUGCCAGAGACAAAUUCACUGGUGCCAGCUGCAAAGAAAAGUUCUCCUUCAGUACAGAAAUCACAUCCGUCCCCCACGCUUUCCACCAAAAAGGGGAAGGAAGUGGACAGUGAUGCUGAGUCGACGACAAACACAAACUCCAAAUGUUUCAUCCAGAUCGGUGGGAUGACCUGCGCCUCCUGCGUGGCCAACAUUGAGAGGAACCUCAAAAAUGAGCACGGUGUCCUUUCGGUGUUAGUGGCGCUGAUGGCUAGUAAAGCGGAGGUGCGCUACAAUCCUACUGUCAUUGACCCACUGAGGAUAGCAGAGUGCAUCAGAGAGCUGGGCUUUACAGCCUCCGUCAUGGAGAACUACGAUGGCUCUAAUGGCGCCCUCGAGCUUGUGGUCAGAGGGAUGACGUGUGCUUCCUGUGUCCACAAAAUAGAGUCCAGCCUGGUGAAGCAGAAGGGCAUCCUGUAUGCUUCUGUGGCACUGGCGACAAAUAAAGCCCACGUCAAAUAUGACCCAGAGGUGACAGGCCCUCGGAACAUCAUCCGAUUGAUAGAGAAUUUAGGUUUUGAAGCAUCUCUGGUGAAGAAAGAUCGUUCAGGAAGUCAUUUGGAUCAUAGCCAAGAGAUACAGCAAUGGAGAAAGUCAUUUUUGAUUAGCCUGUUUUUUUGUGUUCCUGUGAUGGGCAUGAUGAUCUACAUGAUGGUGGUGGACCACCAGAUAGAGGUUUCUCACCAUCACAAUUCAACACUGGAGGACAGGCAGUUGUACCAUUCCAACAUGUUCCUGGAGAGACAGCUCCUCCCAGGCCUGUCCAUCAUGAACCUGCUUUCCUUCCUGUUCUGUGUACCUGUGCAGUUCAUAGGAGGUCGUUACUUCUACACCCAGGCAUACAAAGCACUGAAACACUGGACGGCUAACAUGGACGUACUGAUAGUCCUGGCCACAUCAAUAGCCUUCACCUACUCUGUGAUUAUUCUGGCGGUUGCCAUGGCAGAAAGGGCCAAGCUCAACCCUAUCACCUUCUUUGAUACACCACCGAUGCUGUUUGUUUUCAUCUCCCUGGGCAGGUGGCUGGAGCAGAUAGCCAAGAGUAAAACCUCAGAGGCUUUGUCUAAACUGAUGUCCUUACAGGCGACCGAGGCCACUGUUGUCAUCCUAAAAGAGGAUACAAUGACCGUGUUGAGUGAAGAGCAGGUGGAUGUUGAGCUGGUACAGAGGGGCGAUGUGGUGAAAGUGGUUCCUGGAGGAAAGUUCCCAGUAGACGGGCGAGUGAUUGAAGGCCACUCUAUGGCAGACGAGGCUCUCAUCACAGGUGAAGCCAUGCCAGUGACGAAGAAGCCAGGAAGCACAGUGAUCGCGGGCUCCAUCAAUCAGAACGGCUCUCUUCUGAUCCGAGCUACACACGUCGGCAUGGACACCACACUCUCCCAGAUCGUCAAACUGGUGGAGGAGGCACAGACCUCGAAGGCUCCUAUUCAGCAGUUUGCAGACAAGAUCAGCGGCUACUUCGUCCCGUUUAUCGUAGCCGUCUCCGUCUUUACUCUGAUUGCCUGGAUUGCCAUUGGAUUUGUGAAUUUUUCCUUGGUGCAGAAAUACUUCCCUGGUUAUGAUAAGAGUGUGUCUGAGGCUGAGACGAUCAUCCGCUUCGCCUUUCAGGCCUCCAUUACUGUACUGUGCAUUGCCUGUCCCUGCUCUCUGGGCCUGGCAACCCCCACAGCCGUGAUGGUGGGAACAGGAGUUGGAGCCCAAAACGGAAUCCUGAUUAAAGGAGGAGAACCUCUAGAGACUGCACACAAGAUUCAGUGUGUCGUUUUUGAUAAAACUGGUACCAUCACCUACGGAACCCCUAAAGUAGUACAGGUGAAGAUGUUGGUGGAGGGAAACCAAAUUCCCCGCUCCAAACUGCUAGCUAUUGUGGGAACAGCAGAGAACAACAGUGAGCAUCCACUAGGUGCUGCCAUCACUCGCUUCUGCAAACAGGAACUUGGCACAGAGUCGCUGGGGACUUGUACAGAUUUCCAGGCAGUGCCGGGCUGUGGGAUUAAAUGUCAGGUCAGCAACAUCGAGAGCCUGCAGAGAAGAGAGGACAGCGGUGAUGAGGAGAACGAGCAUAAUGCCGUUCUGGUGCAGAUCAGCUCACAUCCACUUAUCAUUGACCCGCAACCACUGACUUUGGUGCAGUCUGCUUCAUACAAAGUCCUGAUCGGGAACAGAGAGUGGAUGAGUCGCAACACCCUGCACGUUCCACCUGAAGUGGACGAUGCCAUGAUCGAGCAUGAAAAAAGAGGCCGCACUGCUGUACUGGUGGCUGUGGAUGGUGUGCUGUGUGCCAUGGUUGCCAUAGCAGAUACAGUAAAGCCAGAAGCUGAGCUGGCAGUGCACACUCUUAAUUCUAUGGGCCUGGAGGUGGUGCUAAUGACUGGUGACAACAGCAAGACAGCACGGGCCAUUGCUGCACAGGUUGGCAUCAGAAGGGUGUUUGCUGAAGUGCUGCCUUCUCACAAAGUGGCAAAGGUGGCGCAGUUGCAGCAGGCAGGGAAGCGAGUGGCCAUGGUGGGUGACGGCGUGAACGAUUCACCCGCUCUGGCUAUGGCAGACGUUGGUAUCGCCAUAGGCACGGGCACAGACGUGGCUAUUGAAGCAGCAGACGUGGUGCUCAUCAGGAAUGAUCUUCUUGAUGUUGUUGGAAGCAUUGACCUUUCAAAGAAGACAGUCAAAAGGAUCAGGAUCAACUUUAUAUUCGCACUAAUCUACAAUCUUGUAGGAAUUCCUAUUGCAGCUGGUGUGUUUAUGCCCAUAGGUUUGGUGUUGCAGCCCUGGAUGGGAUCUGCUGCUAUGGCUGCUUCUUCAGUGUCUGUGGUCAUAUCCUCUCUGUUACUUAAAUGUUACACUAAACCCAGUGCUGAGAAACUGGAGCGGCAGGUGUGUGGGCAGCGUAAGCUGGGCAGCCUAUCGGACGUCAGCGUUCACAUCGGCAUGGGUGAACUGAGACGUUCCUCCCCCAAGCUCAGUCUGCUCGACCGACUCGUCAACUACAGCCGAGCAUCCAUAAACUCGCUCCGCUCGGACAAGCACUCGCUCAACAGCAUGGCUCUGAGCGAACCCGAUAAGUACUCGCUGCUGGCGUCGGGAGGCCACUGUGAUGAGGAGGUGGUCUGAACAGGCCAGAUUUGGACUGAAUCCACUCCUUUACACACCUCAGUGCCUGUAGAACCAAAUGUGAUCAUAUCCACCAACACACCUGCUUAAAGCUGCAUGAUGGAGUAUAAGCAGCCACGUGUUUGUCUCUGAGCUUCUGUGGCAUCCUGCACUGAGCCACUGAGGUGAGCUUAGAGCCAAUGUGUGAGGCAUAAUGAGAACGCUACGAUCAUUUUUAAGUGACAAUCUUUAUAGGUAUCCAAAGAAUUUUGGCCGUACUACAUGGUAACGUCAGAUCCUAUUGGUAUUUUAUUCCAGAAACGGCUACGAUUUAGUGGUUUGUGUUUUAAGAC